AUGGAGAGUAGUCCAUACCACCUAGAGAGUGGUGUUCCACCAAGUGCAAUCUUGGUGUUCAACGUCCUCACUGGGGAAAAUUACCAUACAUGGAGCAAGUCCAUGAUGAUGGCCUUGAAGGCGAAAAAUAAAAUUGGUUUUGUAAAUGGAUCGAUAGUUCGACCAGCUUCAACGAUUCGAGUGUCUUGUGGGCAAGAUGUAACAAUAUGUUUACUUGGGUCUCAUAAUGACAUCAAUGUACUAGGCCGAUCUUCUGUGUUUGCUCCUCUUGCUGAAGGUCGUGCUCCUCCGUGCAACUACUUAAUCAACGGUCAUGGCUAUACAAUGGGAUAUUAUCUUACUGAUGGUAUAUAUCCUUCAUGGGCAACAUUAGUCAAAACAAUUCCAGCACCUCAAGGAAGAAAGAAACAAUUUUUUGCAGCCAUACAAGAGUCACCAAGGAAAGAUGUGGAACGUGCAUUUGGAGUACUUCAAGGUAGAUUUGCUAUUGUGCGUGGACCUGCUACCUACUUUGAUCGAGAAGUACGAAAGGAAAUUAUGUAUGCAUGCAUUAUCCUACACAAUAUGAUCGUUGAAGAUGAACGUCAUCUAUACCUUGGUGCAUUCCAAUUCGUUUACAAACAAAUGGAUGGUACUUCUCAUGAACCAAUUUCAAGAGAUCAUAUUCCUGAAUUUACAGAGUUCAUUCAACAACAUCAUCAUUUUAGAGAUACAAAAACUCAUUCUCAGCUCCAAAAUGACCUUAUUGAGCAUAUGUGGAGUUUGCAUGGCCAAAACUAA